CACCACCCGCAAGACCCAACAGACGGAAACAAAGCUCUCCACCACCGACCAGGAAGUGGCAAGCGGAAGUUGCACGUGGUUUUCAGGGCGCCACGUGGGCGGAGGCUGGAUUCGGAAGGCUCCCCCCCCCCCCGUGCCAGCCCUGCCCUCGCUUGGCCGCCCUUCCCCGGGGAAGCGGCAUGGAGGAGGAGGAGGAGGAGGCGGCGGCUCCGCGAAGGCGGCAGCUGCCAGACUCCAACGCCCGGUACCGGGACAGGAGCUUCUGGAACUCGCGGUACCAGGACGAAGGGGUGGCUCCAGUCGAAUGGUUCGGGGGCUUGGAGCGAUUCCGGGAGCAGCUGGAGGCGGAGCUGAGCCCGGGUGAUCGGAUCCUGGUGCUGGGCUGCGGGAACAGUGCUCUGAGCUACAACCUCUUCCAGCUGGGCUAUACAGACAUCACCAGCAUUGACUACUCACCCAUAUGCAUUGCAAGCGUGCAAGACCGCUAUGCCCAUUGCCCAGGCCUGCACUGGGCAGUGAUGGACGCCCGGGCCUUGACCUUUGUGGAUGGGAGCUUUGAUGUGGUGUUGGAGAAGGGCACUCUGGAUUCCAUGAUGGUGGAAGAAACAGACCCAUGGAAUGUCUCCUCUGAGUCUAGGAUGCUUCUGGAUCAAGUGUUAACUGAGGUGAGCAGAGUCUUACGCCCUGGUGGCCGGUUCAUCUCCAUCACCUUUGCUCAGCCGCACUUCCGCAAGCGCCACUACGCCCAGCCAGCCUACGGAUGGUCCGUCCGGCACACCACGUACGGGAGCGGAUUCCACUACUUCAUCUACGUCAUGCGGAAAGGCGAGGAGCUGUCCCCUUCCGACUUGGCACUGGGGCAGAGCCUGCACCUGCCUCCCCAGACUCCGCCCCCUGUACGCUACCUCCAGGACCCAGACAGUGAGAAUUUUCUCUCUGCCAUUGACCUGUGAGCGGCUGGCAAGGAAUGGGGUGGGGUGGAGAGAGGGGGCACAUAAAACUGCUCUCGUGACCACCUGCCAAUCUGCCUGCUGCUGCUGCUGCUGAACUGCCAGAGUCAACAUUUUCUCCCAAGUCAUUUUGGGCAAUUUCCUGCAUACAGUAUUCAUUUUUUGAAUUAAGAAAGAAAGAAGGAA